AUGGUAUCGAGACGAAAGAUUCUAUCUCGAUCGAGGGACAACCUCGUUGAAUCACAAUACGAGGAUCAAGACGAGGAAGACGUAUGGUAUAAUCUCGAUAAACUUUACAAGGAUCAUAUUCAAGAGGUAUUGGACAAAUGGAAUCAAAUCGACGACGAAAUAUGGGCCAAGGUAAUUGUUUUCGAAAGGAACCGAAGAGUAGCAAAAGCGUAUGCCAGAGCACCUGUUCUCACGAUCAAUGGAUCUAAUGAUGGAUUCGAUGGUUUCAGGAUAGGAUUAUGCGGUUUCGAAAAUCCUAUGAGAGAUUCGAAAACAGAAGAAGCAAAGAAACAUAUAAAUCAAGGUGUAAAGAUUAAAAUGGAUGAGCAAGGGAACAUAUUAAUAAAAAGGUUGUGUAAAAAUAAUGUUUACAUAAAACCGACCAGUCAGGAAGACAAUGCAAUUGGAGCAGAAAUUGCACGGAAUUCUCAAGGAGCAUUAGAACAUGAAAAACCGGGGAAAAUAUUUGACAUGAAUAAAUUUCAAACAAAUCUUUCUCGAGAGACUCGAAGAGCAUAUCCAGAUAGAAGAAGAUUGGAAAUGCAGUGUCUGAGUGCAAUUGUUUUCGUCAGAACUGAACCAGAUCUUCUUCAAUGCCCUGUGUGGGUUCUAAUUGUAAAUGUUGUCGGAUUAGAUAUGUUGAAAUCCAAGUUACCACCAGCGCUACAAAGGCCGGUGGAUAUUAAAAAUCGACCUAGGAUACCGAUUCCUGAUGAAGAUCCUUAUAGUAUAGCAGGGGUUUCAUCUUCAAUUGGAGUUUCUGAACCGUUCCAACAGGAUCGAGAAGCUCGAGAACAGAUCUACGCUCAAUCAACGAGUAGUAGACAAAGAAGAGCUGAAAGACCACCGAAACUACCACCGAGGGAAAAUCUCUAUAGUCAUGACAUACCCAAAACGAUCCGUAUUACUGCGGAUUAAGAGCUCGUGUUCCUAACUUCGUAAAGAUGGCGAAAAAUAGCAAAGUUUCAACGAGAGGGUAUGCUAGACCUCCUAAUCAAGCACCAGCAUAUACUGCCACGGGAUACGCUACUAGCCAAUCUUCUCAAAUUUAUGGCCAUCUACCUGGCAAUCGACCACCAAUUAUGUAUCAUGCACGAAGUUUCGAAAGUGGACUUGAUUCGGAUGGUAGAAACGAAUCGCCAUAUAAUCAUAUAUAUGGAAGGUUCCCUGUACCAACCAGAGGUGUAAUUCCUCCUACACCUAGAGCAAUGUAUAUUGGAGAGUGGGAUUAA